AUGCAGAUCGAAAAGCUCACCGUACUCGCCUUCAGCUUUAUGCUGCCCCUCGUCGCCGCCGCACCGACUGAGGGGGAGCAAGGAACCGUCGGGGAUCUUGAGGUUGUCGAAGCCGUUGAGGCUGGCGCAGCCAAAACCCUCAAGGUCUGCAUGGACAAAGACUUGAGUGGUCCUUGCAAGACCUGGUCUAUCCCGGACAGAAAGUGCUACCACAUCGGUCCGGACUUCAACGACAGGGUCUCCUCUUACGAGGUCAAGGGAGGCAUGUACUGUUUUCUGUUCCGGGACACGAGCUGUAGGGGAGGCUGGUCUAGCUCCUCUGGGCGCGUCAACUGGCUGAGCGAGGCCUGGAACGAUAAGUUCAGUAGCUUCCAGUGCAACGUUUAG